AUGCAGAGCACGGCGUUAUGGAGCGGGACACCCUCAAUCAAGGGCUCGACAGAGGCCGUUCGCAUGUGCUUGCUCACGUUCUCUCUAAUUGGACUGCAGUUCACCUGGGGCAUUGAAAUGACAUACGGCACCCCUUAUCUCCUUCAACUCGGUCUCACCAAAUCGAAAACGUCUCUCGUCUGGAUUGCAGGUCCACUCUCGGGCUUAAUCAUGCAACCUGUCGUUGGCGCAUAUGCGGAUAAGUCUACAUCAAGAUAUGGCAGACGGAGGCCAUACAUGAUCAUUGGUGCAAUCACUACGGGCAUAGGAUUGCUCUUGCUCGGUUGGACAUCCGAAGUUGUGGGAAUAUUCGUCCCAGAAGGAGAGACUAAGAAAGCUGUUACGAUCUUGCUCGCCAUUCUGUGCAUCUAUGUUGUCGACUUCUCGAUUAAUGCAGUGCAAGCCUGCUGUCGCAGCUUGAUUGUUGAUACACUCCCAAUCUCCCAACAACAAGCAGGAUCGGCUUGGGCAUCCAGGCUUACUGCAGCUGGACACCUCGCCGGCUAUUUCAUCGGCACGCUGGAUUUGGUGAGUAUAUUCCCGCCUUGGUUGGGAGGAGACACCCAGUUUAAGAAGAUGACGGUAAUAUCUGCACUGGCACUGUGGAUUACAGUGGGCAUAACAUCUUGGGCGGUCACUGAAAGGGUAAGACUGCUUGGAGACGACGACGAACCCUCCGUGACGGAAGUGCUGUCCGGCCUUUGGCAUAGGACAUUAAAUCUGCCUCCGCGGAUACAAUCGAUAUGCUGGGUGCAGUUCUGGAAUUGGGUGGGUUGGUUUCCAUUCCUCUUCUACUCCAGCACAUUCGUAGGGGAGAUCUUCUAUCGAGAUGAGCAUCCGCCUCCUGAGCCCGGCUCGAAAGACGAGCAUGACGCCCUGGGAAAUAUUGGUAGGCUGGGGAGCUUCUCCUUGGUAAUCUUUUCCCUGGUCACGUUUUGCUCAUCUGUCGUCCUCCCCUAUAUCAUUCGGUCAGUAGAGGCUGAGGAAGAGAAAUUUACGCCUCGGCCGCAUCCUUCACUGCCAAAGCCGGCUCAGUCGUUCUUGGUCAAGCUUUACAACCUGCGACCUGACCUGACGUCCGCGUGGAUGGUGUCGAAUCUCCUCUUUGCCCAAAUCACCAUUGGCGCACCUUUGAUUCGGAGCUUGGUAGCCGCUACUGCAAUGGUCGGAUCCUGUGGGGUCCCAUGGGCCAUAUCAUGCUGGGCCCCUUUCGGUUUACUCGGCAUUGAAAUCAACAAACAGUCCUCAAGUGGACAUACAUACGUUCGUGGGUCCAUUGUACCCGGUUACACUACCAUUCGCGGAAGCAUGGAGGAAGAAGACGGUGAUGUAGAAAUGGAAGAAGCCAGACGAGGACCCAGGCUCAUUUCUGAAAGUGUGCUUAUGCUCAACCAUCGAGAUGGGCAAGAUGAACAUUCUUCCACCGGUGAGCUCGCUGGCAUCUACUUAGGUGUCUUGAAUGUUUACACUACUCUGCCGCAAUUUGUCGGGACGAUGCUGAGCUGGAUUGUUUUCUCCAUUCUCGAGCCAGAUAAGAAUGAUCAUUUGGGUGAUGAAGAUCCUGAUCAUCACCGAUGGCUGAAUCUGAAGAAGAACGCACCGAAUGCUAUUGCUGUUUGUAUGUUCAUCGGGGCGUUGUGUUCUGUGGUUGCUGCGGAAGCUGCCAGACGUCUGAAGAAGCUCGAUUAA